GGAAGGUGCAGCUCCCGCUGCCAUGGAGCUCAUGUCAUCCAUACUGCAAAAAAUCAGCCUGUUGGAACAAAAAAUAGACAAACAAGCAGAAGAAAUCCAACUGAAGGACAGGAGGAUUGCUGAACUUGAAGAGAAAAUGAAGACUCUUCAGAAAGGAGAAGAUGCUCCUGACUCAUCCACAGCAGAGGGUCUGGAAAUGAGGUGCCUUCAGCUGCAGACCCAGGUCUGGGAGAUGGAGCGGUUCCUAAAUGACUAUGGUCUGAUUUGGGUUGGAGAGAGACAUGAACAGCUGGAGGAUUUACAAACACCCAGAGAUGAAGAGCUGCCAGCAAAGAGCUUCUGGAAGCCAGGUGAGGCAGUUGUUUCCGAACACGAGAUUGAUUUUGAUUUGAUCUUGGAAAAUGUGAAGGAUUUGAACAUGCUGGCUGGAGAAGGCAUUUCUCAAAUUGAGCACACGCCUCAGGGUGCCCGCCUGAGACAGCAAGAACCCCUCCCUCUUACGCUGUAUCAGAAUGGAAUCGUCAUGUUCGAUGGACCCUUUCGGUCCUACGAGGAACCAUCAGCACAGCAAUGCCUGCAGGAUAUUAUGGAUGGCUAUUUCCCUUCAGAGUUGCAGGUGCGCUACCCUGAUGGCAUCCGUUUUCAGGUCACCGACAAAAGGGAUGUGGUAUUUCAGGAGGGAGACCUUCCAGGGAGUUUCCCUGGCCACGGCCAAACUGUGGGCCAUUCAGAAUCACCCAAGGUGCAGGAAACCGACGAGAUCCCAGGUCCCAAACCCUCCUCGAAGCAGUUUCUGAACAAGCUUUCUAAGCCCUCAGUCCCUGGAGGAGAAGUGAUCAACAUCCAAGAGUCAGCCAGAGCAACGCAGCAGGGCUCUGAUGGGAUGUGGAGCAACCAAGAGAUCUCAGUGGAGACACCCAGACUGUCUGCCCUGAAGAGGUUAAAGAGAACCGAAGAGGCUGGGGCUCCUGCCCCUGAAGUCUGCACUCUCCGCAUAAAGUCUGAGAGCGGGGAGCAGACGUACACCGUGAGGAUGCUGAUCACGGAGACCAUAGGGGAGCUGCGCCAGCACCUUGCCCGUGCCAGGGGUGGAGACUCCAGCUCGUAUGAAAUCAUCAGUACCUUUCCCCAGAGGGUGUACGCAGACAACUCCAGGAGCCUGCAGGAAUGUGGCCUGAUCCCCAGUGCCUCCUUGCUGCUGCGGAGGAGAGACCCCCUCCCACGAGAGGGGCAGGGCUGCACGCAGAAUAACAGCUCCUAGAGCUGCUGCCCGUGCACUGUGAGCUGUGUUAUAACCUCCCCCUGGCUGGCAAGAGCAAGAGUUGUCUUUC